UUUUUUCCCUUUGACGAGCAUUUCCCAUGAUGCACCGGGGGAAAAAAAGACGUAACCCGGCGCGGAUAUUCAAAACGAUGGCAGAAGACUCGAGCAUAUUAAAACUAAUAUCAAACUCCGAGGACACGGAAAAUGUGUCCACUGAUAAAAGCAGAGACCUCGGGAUAAAGAGACGCCUUUCCUUCUCCUCGGAAAAGGAUAUUAGCAUAGCGGAGGCACCGAAGACACCGCCUGAGGUCCAAGCUGUAUCCGAAGACCCAAACUCAAGCAGAGUUUCCCCGGAAAUCAGCAAACAACGUUCCCCAAGUCCCGUAAACACACAUUUAAAGGGUAAAAAUGCUGUAAAGUUAAAAGACGACUCUUCUAGACAGCACUGCGUGAACGACACUGACGAUAAGGAAAACACCGCUAUACCCUCCGAUCAAAAUAACACAGAGGAGGAUAACGCUUCUUGUCAGGGAGGUUUUAAACAUAUUAAAGUGACUGCCAGUAUACAAAGUGAUGCAGAGGACAGAGAUGCCGAGGUGGUGAGGAGGGCACAGGAGGAAGGCUGCGUGAACGUGGUCUUUCCGGGGACUGUAACUCAGGAAGGCUGCUGUCGUUUCGUCAGCGAGAUCCUCAAGUGCAUCCUCUAUCAAAGACAGCAGCUGCCCAUGACGUACGACCAGUUGGUAUACUCCCAGAGGAAGCAGCAAGCGUCGGUGCAGGAUAAAGACGUAGUGAAUCGAAGACCGGUGCAUUCAGCAGACAUGGACUGGCGCAAGUGUCAGCAGACCCUUCAGGAGCUGGAGGAAGUGCUUCAGCAUCUGGAGGUGCUGUUCUCCCUCAGCAGGGUGCCCCGUGUGCUCCUGUUAAUGGGUGGCUCGCUUGUCCUCCCCAAAGAGCUGUACGAGAUAAACAUGGAGUCCCUGGCAUCAUCCGGUGGGAAUCUGUGUCUACGGGUGUCAUCGUGCUUGAGGCAGAUCUUCCGCACACUGUUUGUGGCUGACCUUUUGUCUGACACCAGACCUGUUCGCUUAAUGCCCACCACAGUCUUGGUGCUGGCUCACAGGGACUGUGGUGUAGGCUGGUUUCGACCCAAACUCCAAUUUAAAGUCCCAACUCGUGUAAAGAAACAAAUCAUCGUUCUGUCUAGCGAUCCAAACGUCUGCAAGGAACCAAGGGCGGAGGGGUCAGACUGGGAGGAUUAUGUGUGGUUUCAGGCACCCUUGACUAUUAAGGGCUUCAGUAACUGACCCUAAAAGUUGGACAGUAAGUCUUUAGAGUGUAGCACUUUCUUUCUGGUGCUUGUGUACUACAGUAAAUGUUAACAGCAAUCCAAGGGAACUUUAAACAUUUGUGUUUUUUAUUAAAAUGUACAUAUUUUAAUCAAUUUCGACUUAUUCUUUUGUUUCAGAGUAUGUUCAUUCAAACAAUAGUGAAAUAAACAGUAUGGUGUGCUACCCUUUU